AUGACAAUUGUGCCUGGCAGUGUGGAGACAUAUCCCGAUCGGGAUACUACUUUUUUUCUAUAUCCCGAUCAGGAUAUAGGAGGUGUCCCCUUACUGCCUGGAGAGUAUGAAAGUUUGAAAGACAGGUUCCGGCAAAUAUUAGGGGAAUUAGAAACAUUUACAGAUCCAGAUAAAUGUCUCAGAUUUAUUCGACAAUGUAGCAAUCGAACAAUAUUUCUUAUUGCAUCAGGUACUCUUGGUGAAAUAAUUGUGCCCAAGGUCUACAAUUAUCCACAAAUUCAUGCCAUAUUUAUUUUAUGUGUGAAUAUUGCUAAACAUAAAACAUGGGCAACAAAAUUUUCUGAUAAAACAAAUAUAUUUGAUUUUGAUGAAGAUUUACUUAUACGAUUGAUCAACGAAAUUGCACGAUAUUUUACAAAUGAAGCUGAGAAAUUGAGGGAUACAAAUCAGCUUGUUAAUGCUUAUGCAUUAUAUAGUAAUGCGCAAUUACUGUUUGACAAAGCAAACGUAUUACAACGGAAAGCGUGUGAUGAUGUACUUAGUUUAAUAGAAAUACAAAAAGCCAAACUUGAACAAGUAAAAGGUGAAAACAACCUGGAAACCGCUCAGUUUUCACCAGAUUUUUGGAGUCUUUCCAAAAAACAUACAUUACCAAGAGAUUCUGCAUGGUCGAUUACCAUUCAUUUAGAACAUCUUCAAUAUACCCUAACAAAACAGUCGUAUGAUGCCGAAAUUGAGUCAAGUAGAUUGAUGAAAAGAUUAGAAAUGUGUGAAUUUUUCAUUGAACCGUUUACAAUUGUGUGUCUGAAUACAUCUUCCACGUAUCAACGUAUACAUGUUGGAAACAAAGCCUUCAAAUCAGGAGUUUAUAAUACUAAUAUCAUUCAGCCUUCAACUGUAGCAUGCUGUACAGAUAAAGAUCAGUGUUUUGAAUUUAUUAAACUGAAUGCACACAAGACAAUUUCACUGAUUAUUUUAUUAAAUACAAUUAUUUCUGAAGAUUGGAAACCAACUGUUGAACAAUAUUCUCAUUUAUCUCAAAUACACUGGAUAUAUGUUCUAUCUACAAAAGUUCCUCAAGAUAAAGCAUUACUAAUAAAUUAUUCGAAAGUACGCGGCAUUUAUGAUGCUGAAAACAUAUUAUUUUGUCAAUUUUUAAACGAUGCAGCCACUUAUUUCAUUAGUAGAGGCGAUCAAGUCAAGGAAACAAGUAAUGAAAAUUCAUCAAUAAAAUUUUAUGUCUAUUGCCCAAAUGGUACAUGGGCAAUUCAUAAAGAUCGAUUUAUUAAAGAUAAAUUGAGAGUAUUUGAAGUAUUCGACGAACAUAAUCUAAUUUUUCAACUAGGACAGGUUACUGGAAUGCUUCAUAAAAAAGUGGCAGACUACUAUCGUGAACUCGGAAAUGAUGAUGAGGCCGAUCAACAAUUGUAUAAUGCUGUACGAAUUAACCGUACCAUUCAACUUGAAUUAACGAACCGAAUGAUGGUUAACCCAGGUAUAGAAGAAAAUCCAUAA